UAAACAGUCAAGCAGUCAAACGAAUUUCGAGCAAGUUAAACGUUCUUUUGCAAUUAAACAACUAUCAAAAUGAAGGCCUCUUUCACCAUUGCCGCUGUGCUUUGCGCCUACUUGCUUGUCCAAUCGGCCGUAGCAUUGCCUUUGUCUGCUGAAUCCAUUGAGAGCUCAGAGGUUGUGCAACAACAACAGCCAGAAGAGCAGAAACAGCCACAAGGACAAGGACAAGGACAUGGACAAGGACAUGGAAAUGGACACAAGAAGCAAUUGCCACCAAUUACCAUCGAUGCAGCAAUGCAAGCUUCGGCUCACAUCACCGUGCCAGAGGAAGUUGCCGAAGCUAUCGCCAAGCUGAUGUCCCAAUUGGCACAAGAGCAAGAGCACAAGCAUCAAAUGAACGAACCGCCACAGGAGGAACAACCACAGGCUGAUGAACCCCAAAAGGAUGAGCAACCAGAACAGGGUGAGGAACCCGAGAAGGUUGAACAACCAGAACAAGGUGAGGAACCAGAAAAGGUUGAGCAGCCUGAACAAGGUGAGGAGCCGUCAAAGGAUGAGCAGCCAGAACAAGGCGAGGAACCCGCAAAGGUUGAACAACCAGAACAGGGCGAGGAACCCGCAAAGGAUGAGCAGCCAGAACAAGGCGAGGAACCCGCAAAGGUUGAACAACCAGAAGAACCUGUUGAAGCUUAAAGGUGCUCAGUGCAAACUGUAUAACUGAGAAAUCUUUACUACGUUUUGAAUGUAUUCUGGAAUUUAGCUCAUUCACUCGAAAAAAUCGAGAACUAAACGAAAUUAUACAGUAAUUUUGAAAUAAAAUAAUUUUAAUAUUGCAAAAUGUCUGAACUUUUAAUUUUUUUUUUAAACGAACCCUUGACUUGCGUUCUUAAAGUAUCAAAUUCAUAGCGUUUAGUUAAGCUACUAAUAAAAGUUUAAUUAAGAAUU